AUGGAAGCCUUCUGUGGAUCAUGGAAAUUGAAGGACAGUGGGGACUUGGAGCCGAUUGCCAAUCGCUUAGGGGUUAGCAUACCCUUGAAGGACAUAGCCGAGUUGCUAAACUCGAUAAUGAAAAUUUCGCCUGUUGGCGAUGGUUACAGCAUGCAAAUUAGCAACGGCGCGAUGACGUACGAAAUGAAGUACAAGUUGGGCGAGGAAUUCGACCACGCUUCACUUGAUGGCCGACCUUUAAAGGCAAGCAUUUGUUCCGUGAUCACAUUUUGCUGUGAGGGUUUUUCUGAAAUAGCUGUUUCGCAACAUUAAAUCAAAUGACUUCUCCUUCAGAAUACAAGCACUUUUAGAGUACCCUUUACAGCAAUCUUUACCAAAUAUAAUAGUCAACAUAGUACUCUUAUCGCAUUUGCCUGAAUUCAUACGUUACCAUAUUCGACCGUAAUGCAAAGGCACACGAGACUUCACUAGAUGCAUCAAUCAGUUAAGUAUCUUUCGAUUCAUUUUCACCAUGCUUACUCCAUACUUUAAAGUAAACCGCAAUUUAAGAUGAAAACUCCCUCUUUGUCCACUGAAAGUAGUUCUUACACCCACUUGUUAGAACCAACAAAUUGAACUUGAUUGUUGGAAUACUUAAAGACACCAAAGGGCAAAAUACAACAUUACUAGAGAUUCAGAAAUUUUCAAACUUUUUCCAGACAAGCCAAACGUGUUACGCUUCAGAGGAGGCAUGUAAGCACACGCAUAGCUAAAAGUGAAACCUAUAGUUGAUAAGUUCCCCAUAUAACUUCUAAAUAUGGAUGCAAAUAAAAUUUCAGAAUUCUUCCAAGAUGAGCUACGUGUUUCCGACAAAUACACACAUCGUAAAACAUGUUUGGCAGUGUGUUUGUCUCUCGGGAUGUCAGCCAAAAGGGACAGAGCGGAAAUAGUUCUUCAGAACGAAUAUGGCGAAUUUUGACAAAACCCACCAACUAAGGCUAUCAGGUGGAAGUCAUGAACUUAUUUAGUAAUUAUCGACAAAGCGCACCAAAACCGCGCAUGUUAUACAGUUCCGUAGAUGAAAAACCUAACGUGAAAUCCGAAAGGUUAUUGGCAUGUAUAUUAUUUAACAGCGAAGGACAUUGUGCCAACCCGUGUUCAUUUAAAUAACCCCUGUCAUUUCCUUUCCUAUCUGUCUUCUGUAGCCAAAUUCCACACAGUUAAAAUGAGCAUUUGUUGAUACACAUAUACAGGCGCAUUGAAUGCUCUACGCUGCCAUCUUAGUGCACUUUAUUGUCUAAAUUGAAGCAAAUUCUAUUUCACCUAGAAAGCACCAUUUUUGGCUUUCACACGUAAUCGCAAUUUUUUAAAUAGCGGAUUAGUCACAAGAAGGUGCUACGUGACACAUGUCCGUGGGAGUGAGGAGUCCAUCAUCAGCUGAUGACUUUGUUUUACGCGACCUAUCGACUGUCACCCGUUUAACCAUUCAAACUUCAAAAGGCCCUGUUGUGAGAAUACCUGGCUCAUUCUUAUCUUCUCAGAUGCAUCUAAGCUAACAAACUUUGAAUUAAUGUGGACUAUGAGAAUCUUGACUUCGCAAAAGAAACGGCGUUAUAGUUUCCUUAGCAAAAGCAUAAUUAACAAAAAUAGAUCUGCAUUUUUCUAUGCCUAUGCCCCGCCGGUUCAGUACAGCCAGUGGCCGUUCUCCUUAAAUUUUGGCGGAAAUUUUGAGAUGGACUUUCAGUUAGGAAGGCUUCCUUGAAUGAUUUGUAACACUGAUUACCGUGCGACAUAAUUUGAUGGCAUUUCUGUCGCGCAAGAGGCCGCCUGGCAAAACUCAAAUUGGUUAAAAAAAAUGGCUGUUUAAGUAGCGUGAAAUCUUUUACUACUUAUCAAUACCCUUAUAAAUUUGCAUAUGUCUUAGAGAAAACGUGUUUAAAUGGAUGCUUUCUUUUAUCCUUUCGGUGGCAAACUACGUGUCUUUGUGAUUUUGUCGCCGAAAUGUUCCCAAUUACCGAUAAACUGCGAGCCAUAUCUGUUGUUGAUUUUACUUGUCGGCCUUAGAAUCUAGAAGCUGUUCACUUUCAAUGCAAGACAUCGCCCCAAUACCUCGAUGCCAUUAGGAAAAUACCAUUUGGGAGUCAAAAAAGAUUGCAAUCAAUGUGGACAGUGCUGUAUACUUUAAAAUAGGCAUAUACAAACGGAAUGAUUCAAUGCUAUGUGAAUAGGCACCUACUGAAUUUAAACUAUAUCAUAAUUGUACAUUUUGAAACCAACUGUAUCCUUUUCCCGGGCAUGGCAUUCAAAAAAAACCGAUUUGGUCUUAUUUUAUUCAGAAUAUAUCUGGCUUCAUUGGGGCAUCAAAAAUCAACUAAAAAAAUUCUAUACUAUCUAAGUGGCCGAGUUUGGCCAAUCGUAAUUUUUCCCGGCCUCAAAAAACGUACAUUUCCUGACGUGUCCAAAAUAUUACAGAAUUGCGAUGUGCAAUAAUCUAUUGCGAAACGCAACUUACAUAAUCCCAACACAUCCCCGACUUUCAGGUACCGUUUCAUGAGGUCAGUCCAUGAGCACCCAAAUUUAUGCUUCUAUUUUACGGACCUGGAGGGGGGAGUAUCCAGAGCGCCCACGGACACUAGUUGUAACAUAAAACGAACCACAAAGGGCGUUUUAAAAUUAAAUUCUUACAUUUCCCAUUAUUGUAGACAAAAGUAACACUGGAAGGCAAGACGCUGAAACAGGUUGACAAGGGAGACAAGCUUAUGACCAUGGAGAGUGUGGUGGAGGGCAAUACGCUAACAAUGGUAAGUAAGCCUUCUAUACUUCUUUUUUUCACAUAAAAUAAAAUGCAAAUGAGUAGAUUUGCGUGAUCGACAAGGUUGACAGAAGACGGAAUGUAUAGACAAAUAUAUGAUAGGGUAAUCAAACGGACAUGCUGGUCUACGCGAUCUGUGGCCAAACAGUUGCGAAUGUGAUUGCUAUCUGCGAGAGACUGAAUUGCAUUACGGAUUUUAUGAAAAUCCUUAAAAGGCUAGUACAGCUGCGCUGUUCUUAUGAUUUGCCUUCAACUGUUCUCAGUGUUAUUUAUUGCGGUAGCUGUGAGGAGACUGCUCACUUCAAUUGAAUGGCAAACACAUCAUGAGAAUCGGGCAGAAAGUGUUUUGUUGCUGACAACUUUAUAAUAUUGGUGCGCCCUGACUUGACUGUGGUCAGGUAGCAUCAGAUAGGGUGGCAAUAAAUACAUUUAUCAUGAAAAUUCGCAAGAACGUUGUUGUGGCCACUACUCAACCUAAACCGUACCCGCACGACAGACUUAAACAGUGCCGUUUAAUGCGGCCGGGUGUAGUAUUUGAACUUGCAAAACUGCUUUCGUCUUAGGGAAGUAUCAAGGAUCUUUUACACUUGCGUUAUUACGACAAUCGCAAUCAUCCCGUCGGUUCAAGAAGCCUUGCAGAAAACUCUAAUGCUCAUGGCAUCGAUCAGAAGACAUAGAGGUUGAUGGCCUAAUAAAAGCCCGCCAUUAGUGUAGCAAAGCAUACAGGUUUCAGCCAAAUUGAAAUGUCUGCCACAGUAUAAUAAGCAGCAUUUUUUGCAUUUCUUUUCUAAUUUGCAGACUGCACGACUGGAGGAGCUGGUUUGUGUUCGACGCUACACCCGAAUUUGA